AUGGAUCAAUGUAACCCUCCACGUCAAGUUCAUAUCGAUGAAUAUGGUGAUACAAAUAAUUCCGAGAUUCCUCUAUUAAAUGCGCAACUUAAUUCACUUGCCAAUCAACUUAGGGCUGAUUUUCAAUUCGAAUUAUCUUGUUUAAAAGAUUUAAAUCAAUGGCGUAAAAAUACUCAUAAAAAAAUUCAUCGAUAUUCUGAUAGAAAAUAUCAGCAAUGUAAACAAUUCAUUCAAACAGAAAUAAAUGAAUUGAAAAAGAAACUGAAUCAAAUCAAAAGAACUUUUGAUAAAUUAACUGAAGAGCAAAGAUUAACAAAAGAAUUAAUUGAUUCAAUGAAAGAAUAUAUUCGAAUUUUUAAACAAAAUAUCAAUGUUUUAAUGAUUAAUGAAGAUCUUAUAAAUAUUCCAAAUGAUUAUGAUCACACAAUUCCUCAAAAAAGGAUGUGA